CUCUCUCUCUUUCUCACACACACACACACACACACACACACACACACACACACACACACACACACACACACACACACACACACACACACACACACACACAAACACACAUACUUUAAAGUUAGACCAGGUAUACCAGGCCCAACUUCACUGCCUGACUCAUGUUGUAAGAAUGAAGCUGUAAGGAAGAGGAAUGAGUACUGGAUACCAGAGACGAUAAGACAGAAGGAUUUCAAAGUAUUUCAGCUGUGGUGGUGUUGUCCAAUAAUAAAAAAAAACCCUCUCCUGAUACAGAAUUAAAGUGGGAUUGAAUUCCCAACACUUUUGAAAGACACACAAUGGCGCAGUACGUGGUGUCCAGACCACUUUACACAGAGGAUGCCUUUACAGAUGACUAUGAGAAAGUCUGGCGGCAACACAAGACCAUGCUGGACCAUGUUAAACAAUACUUCACUUGCAAUUCAAACCGAGCAAAAAAUGCAGCCUUGUCUUUGCUGCCCAUCAUUGGAUGGAUGAAAUUGUAUAAUGUCAGAGAAUGGAUAUUGGGUGAUAUUGUAUCUGGAGUCAGCACUGGACUGGUGGCUGUACUGCAAGGACUGGCAUAUAGUUUACUUGCAUCUCUUCCUGCCUGGUAUGGGUUAUAUGCUGCCUUUUUCCCUGUGAUCAUCUACUUUUUCUUUGGCACUUCUCGACACAUUUCUGUGGGAGCAUUCCCAGUUCUGAGUCUCAUGGUAGGGUCUGUAGUGACCAGGCUGGUACCUGAUGAGGGUCCUGUGGCCAACAUCACAGGCUUCGAGGGGCUUACAAUGGACCAGCAAAGAGCUAUGGUGUCUGCCUCACUAACCUUCCUCAUUGGUAUUUUCCAGCUUGCCAUGGGGUUGCUGCAGGUGGGCUUCAUAGUCAUUUAUCUGUCUGAUACUCUUGUAUCCGGGUUCACUACUGCUGCUGCAGUUCACAUCCUGGUGUCACAGCUCAAAUUUAUUUUUGGGCUUAAGGUACCAGGCUUCAGUGGCCCACUCGCCCUUGUAACAAUCCUGCAGAAGACCUUUGUGCAGAUCACUUCCACAAACAUCCAUGAUUUGGUGACGUCCAUUGUGGUGAUGUUUGUUGUGUUUAUUGUGAAAGAGCUCAAUGAUAGAUAUAAGAAAAAGCUUCCGGUGCCCAUCCCAAUAGAAGUCAUCAUGACUAUCAUAGCAUGUGGAGUAUCCUAUGCAUUCAAUUUCCAAGCAAAUUAUGGAGUGGACGUUGUAGGAAAAAUACCAGAUGGAUUUGAGGCACCUCUUGCUCCUAAUCUUCAGAUAUUUCAGGAAACAGCAGUAGAUGCUUUUCCAAUGUGUAUAGUGGGUUUUGCUGUGGCCUUUGCUGUGGCUAAAGUCUAUGCUGUCAAACAUGAUUAUGUUAUCGAUGGAAACCAGGAACUCAUAGCUUUUGGUGCAAGUAACAUCUUUGGUGGAGCGUUUAAAUCGUUGGCAGCCAGCACAGCUCUCUCCAGGAGUGCAGUACAAGAGAGCACAGGAGGGAAAACACAGGUAGCUGGUCUUCUGUCCGCCAUCAUUGUCCUGAUAGUAACUCUGGCCAUAGGGUUCUUGCUUGAACCACUGCCAAAGUCAGUGCUGGGCGCAGUGGUAAUAGUGAAUCUGAAAGGGAUGCUGAUGCAAGUGUCUGAAGUCCCUUACCUCUGGAGGAAGGAUCGGCCUGACUGCAUUGUUUGGAUUGUGACCUGUGUGGGCUCCAUCUUGCUGGGACUGGAUAUUGGCCUUGCUGUGGGACUCGGAAUAGAAAUGAUUGCUGUUGUCUUCAGGACUCAGUUCCCACACUGCUGUGUCCUGGCAAACAUCUCUGGCACUGACAUUUACAGAAACCGCAAGGACUAUGUCAAUAUAUAUGAACCAGAGGGAGUGAAGAUUUUCAGAAUUCCUUCACCAAUAUUCUUUGCAAAUAUUGAUUUCUUCAGAGGCAAACUGCUUGAUGCUGUGGGCUUCAAUCCCUUGAGAGUACUGAGAAAGAGAAAUAAAGCCCUGAGAAAAAUUAAGAAGCUAAUUAAGAAAGGGGAACUAAGAGUCACAAGUAAGGGACUACAGGCCACAUGCUCUUUGCCUAUUGAAGAGUCAGAAGAUGAGAGCAAUAUGGAGGACUUAGAUCAGCCAAUAGACUUCUCAGACCUUCCUGUUCAGGUGAACUGGAGAGCAGAGCUUCCUGCCAACAUCUCUGUUCCUCCAGUGGACAUCCACAGUCUUGUCCUUGACUUCUCUGCUGUCUCCUUCCUUGAUAUCUCAGCACUCAAAGGACUUAAAACGGCUUUAAAAGAGUUUAUCCGCAUUGACAUUGAGAUCUACAUUGUGGCCUGCGAUCCCUACAUCAUUGAGAAACUCAAGAGCUGCAAAUUCUUUGAUGAUGAGAUUACAACAUCCAUCUUUUUUCUGACCCUCCAUGAUGCAAUGCUGCACAUACUUUAUCUCCAUCCGCCCCUCAGCAUUAGUGAAAAGGUAAAUAUCAACUCUUGUGACAAGCUAAAUAAUGGAAUGAACAGCUUGCGCAACAGAGAAAAAACAGGCAAGGAACCAGAGACCAGGUUCUAAUGCACAUCAUCUCAAUUGCACUCAUGUAUGCUGAGGAAACCAAAACCAGAAUAGACUGCUGGAUGCUUUGAAUCUUGUGAAUUGUUAAUGUAAUUUUUAGAUGGAAAAUCUAUUCUGUAUAGUUUAAAUGUUUGGCACAAAUUUGUACUGUAUAAUGUCUUUUAUUUACAGAAACACUUGUGCAUUUAGAGGUACAUAAUUAUGUCAUCAGAAUUGUAUCUGGAUUACUUAAGAAAUAUGGAUACAUACAUACAUACAUACAUACAUACAUACAUACAUACAUACAUACAUAAACAUUUCCACUUUUGUAUAUGUAAAAUAUUUUUAUAUAUAAAAUGUACUAUGGUAUAUUAAGUCAGAUGUAUGCACAGCAUUAUUAUUUUAAAUAAAAUGACUGCCAAUAA